UGCACUAUGACGACGAGAGAAGCGGAGUCAGAUAGCUCUUCGACAAUACGAGGGGUGGUUAUUGAAAUGUUUUGAUCUGAUCGGCCAGUUCGUAUUCUUAAAAAUGAACAAGGGUGGAAGGGCAAACUUACAGAACUAUAGACCUGUUAUACGCAAGGGAAUUGGGGAUCGUCCUAUUCGCUUCAAAUGCUCCCUACAGAACACCAUCCUUGAUGUGUUGCGAUCCAAGAACUGGGUCGAGGUCAAAGAGGAUGAAUUUGAUUUUGACUUUUUCUGGGCGGAUCGGGUUUGGAUGCGAGAAUACUUUGACACGUGCUACAUGGAGGACCAUGUACGCAUCAACCACUUUCGAAAUCACUAUGAGUUGACUCGCAAGAACUUAAUGGUGAAGAAUCUAAAGAGAUAUCGCAAGCAGUUGGAACGAGAAGUUAGCAAAGUAGAAGCUUCCAGAUGCGAUUUCUUCCCAAUGACCUUUGAACUGCCAUCAGAGUAUCACAUGUUUGUGGAUGAGUUUAAGAGAAAUCCUGGUUCCAUCUGGAUCAUGAAGCCAGUUGCUAAGUCUCAAGGCAAAGGCAUCUUCCUCUUCAAGAAACUUAAAGACAUCAUGGAAUGGAAGAAGAGUGAUAGUUACCGGCCCAGAGAUGGUAAGGAUGAGGAAAAAGAACAGCCAGAGACAUACAUUGUGUCGCGGUAUAUUGAGCGCCCUUACCUCAUCGGAGGGAGGAAAUUCGAUCUUAGGGUCUACGUCCUUGUCACCUCGUAUAUUCCACUCAAAGCAUGGCUGUACAGGAGCGGAUUUGCAAGAUUCUCAAAUUCUAGAUUCUCUCUAGAAUCCAUUGAUGACACCUUUGUUCAUCUGACCAAUGUUGCUGUGCAGAAGACAGCACCAGACUACGACCCAGAGAAAGGUUGCAAGUGGUCUAUGCAGCAAUUCAGGCAGUACUUGACUGCCAAGCAUGGCAUUCAAGAUAUGGAGGAAAUGUUCCGAAACAUGAAUGAUAUCUUCAUCAAGAGUCUACACAGCGUUCAGAAGAUCAUGAUAAAUGACAAGCAUUGCUUUGAGCUGUAUGGCUAUGACAUUCUGAUUGGACAGGAUCUCAAACCGUGGUUGAUUGAAGUCAACGCUUCUCCAUCCUUGACAGCCAGCAGUCAGGAUGAUUACAACCUCAAAUUUGGCUUGCUGGAAGAUAUGCUGCAUAUCAUUGACAUGGAGAGCAGAAUGACUGGCAAGGAGAAAAGAAUUGGUGGAUUUGAUCUGAUGUGGGAUGACGGUCCAGUCAUGGCGGAGGAAGGCGGAGUUGACUGCAUCAGUCCUCCCUCCUACUCAACCAACACAUUCCUUGGAUGCCACAAUGACAGAAAGACUCAACUGAGACAACUCUUCAAACACUUGACAGCAACCAAGAAAACGUGAUGGAAGGGCCUCACUAAGCCGUUUUAAGUCGGUUCGUAAGCUGGAGUAUUAUUGAAAUGGCCUACCUGUAGCCGAUAACUUGACCUGCGUAUAAGUUUGUGACUGCACAAAGAUAUGAGAGGUGCUUGGAGGAGAUAUAGACCAGGACCAAGUCUUAAACAUUCUGAAAGACAAGAUUGAGUACACUCAUUGCAUUAUCCAGAUUGGGGUAUUACAAUAUAUAUUAGUCUGGUUAUCCUGAUUGGAAUGUUACAACACACAACAGUGGUCUUCCUCACCCUACUAUCCCUAACGGGGUAGCACAAAAGAGAUUAGGGUUUCCUUGUCAACUACACCACUUGGAUAUCAAAGUGCAGAUUUAUGGGUCUUACUGUGCUAAACCAAUUGGCCAGCAUACUUUUUAUUGCAAUUAAUCAUGAACAUGCAUUAAUUAUAUUUCUUCCCUGUAAACAUGUCUCUUUCAGGACUGCAUAACCAUGUUUGCAUUGUUUCAUCUGCUUGUCAUUUUUGCUUACAUUAAUGCUGCAACAAAAUAUUUUGAAAGUCCUUUCCUUGUGAGUUCACUUUAACCCCUUCGCGCCGAGACGUGGCCAGAGCC